AUGGCGACUAUGGCCUGGAUCCCGAACGAUACCAGUAUCGAUUCACUUCUUGCCGUUCUUCCUUUCUUGCCUUCCAAAUCACCACUUCAGGAUACUCUGGACCACCUCCAACUCCUCCCCUUUUAUCCUACGAGGACACCGCUACGCCAGACCGCAGAGAAUUAUUACCUUGAGGGUAUUCAAGAGUGGGCAAUGGCCACCCCCGCUGAGUUUGAUUUCGCUCCUGAGGAUAUUGCGAUGGAGAUGUUCGCACGUAAGUACAAGAAGGAAGACAUAUUUUUCUUGGACGACCAAGGUCAGCGUUGCAUCAUCCGCGAGACGCUCGAUUACUACCAAAAGAAGCAAUGGAAGGGGGAUCGUGGUCUCCAACGUGUUUCCCCACGGAACGCCAAAAACAGACAUUUCUACUUGAGACGCUAUAAGAAAACUCUCAAGCAGAUUGAUAAGCCAAAAGCCGGGGGAGAGAUCUUUGCCCAUUGCAGCGAGCAUCAAUGGAAUCUGCCCGUGGGACACGAGCGCCAUGUGUUGAGUUUUCCCAGAGAAAUCCUACACCUCAUUCUCGAGUAUUCGCUCACUCUCAAACCUGAACGUUUGUGUCUACAGCCAAUGAUGAUCACUUGCAACUGGAAACGCGAGUGGAACGAAGAGCAUUACAACAUCAUGACCUAUGAAAAUGAUGGUUUCGAAGUCCGGAAAUUGCCUGAAGCCCACGAAGAAUUCAGAUCGGAGAAUAUACGAAGUGAUUUGGACGGAGCGUAUAUCGAGUUUAGAGAUGUCAGGCGGGCCUCUAUCGACGCCGCCUGCCUCCGAGUCUGCAAGGCUUUCCACGCGGGUACCCAAUUCUUGUAUGGCGGCAACAGAUUCGUAUUCAAAAUGUUAGCCCCUAUGGGUGGAUGCCCACCUUCUACCCUCUACUUCAAAGCGACCAAGCAGUGGCGGCCCUGCCCGGCCAAGCCUCCAUUUGAUAGUCGCCUCCCGCGCAAGUUGAACGUCGUCAAGCAAAUCAUCCAGCAACACCUGCCGCUCCAGAAGAUGCCAGGAUGGAUGGCCUACGAUCCAUUCCUACGAUUCCUCUGGUCCAUCUCUCCCGCCAAAGCCGCCUUACUGCGGCACCUGGACUUUACGGGCGACGUCAAGCUGCACCAAUGCGCGCGCGGCGCUUGCCGCUGCGAUCACGGGCUCCAGGAUUCCCUCCGCCUCUACAUCCCCUUCAUCGUCCACUUCUGCCCGAAGGUCGAAUCCAUCAAGAUCUUCGCAUUCGAGGAUCGAUCCGGCAUGGUCGAGCGGCAGACGGAGCCCGGGAGCCGGGCUCCCACGCUUGCCGAGGCCCUUCUUCCCAUCCUCGAGACCGACAUACGCCAGAUCCCCAGGCUGAGGGAAUUGAACGUUGUCAGCGCCGCGUACAACUAUGAUACCUCUUGCUACGAUUACAGUCCGCUGGGCUGUGCUGAGCCGACCCGGAGGUGGCUCAGAGCGCGCACGCGUCGAGAGAGGCGGGAGGCGCACGCUGUGAUGGUUGCGCGGGCGCGAGAUGCAAUCAUGGCAAAUUCAAAAACUGUGACCGGUGGGAGCGGCCAGGUCUCGAUCGGCGGAGGGCGUGAUGAGGUGCCGGGGAAAUGUGAUGGUGCGAGAAGCACGUUGGGCUGUGGCUUCUGUGGUGGAAAAGGACAUGUGUGGGCUAACUGUUAUAACCUCUGUGCAUGUGGGGAGUACGGGCACCUCCGUGGCAGAUGUAGGGGGAGAAAAUGA